GAUUGUCCAGGACAACUGGAAGGCGUCUUGACUGAGUAUUGCAAUUCUGUCCGGUCCAACUCACAGCUCGUCAAGUCCUGGGACUUUCAGAAUUGACCAGUCUCCGGAUCUAUCGCCUCGCAUGGACAGGUAACAUAUCUUGUCCGCUUUUGACGCCAUCAGUGUUGUAGGGAGAGUCGCUCUGUCUCGCCGGACUCCUUAUCGAUUACACAGCUAGCCCUUCAGUCGCACGAUCUAUUCCAUCCACUCGUUUCUACGCCAGAUUUACGUCUACUCUCCAUAAUAUUUUUAAUUCCAUCAUGGCCGGCCCGUCGAUACAAGACCGGACCAAUGAGUUCAGGUCCAUCCUGGGGCAGGUUCAGAAACGCCAGGCCUCCUCCAAGGUCGGCGCACAGCGUCAGGCAUUGCUGUCGGACUCCCAGCGCAUGCAGGCGAAUGGAAGUCCCGAUGGCGCUCAAGCUAGCAGGAGAGCUCGAUCUGAAUUCGCGAGGAAGGCCGCGGAGAUCGGACGAGGCAUUACCGGUACCACAGCUAAACUGCAAAGAUUGGCAGAGUUGGCCAAGCGAAAGACUCUCUUCGAUGACAGACCCGUGGAGAUCUCGGAGUUGACCUACGUGAUCAAACAGGAUCUGGCUUCUCUCAACUCGCAAAUCGCAGGCCUCCAGGCGCUGACGCUGGCGCAUCACCCGAAAUCGACCCGCAAUAAGGCGGAUCAGGAAGGCGAGCACAAUGACAAUGUCGUGGUUAUGCUGCAGGGAAAGCUAGCAGACGUUGGAGCCAAUUUUAAGGAGGUGCUGGAAGUGCGAACAAAGAACAUCCAGGCAUCCCGGUCACGCACAGAGAAUUUCGUCUCGUCCGUGUCGUCGAAGUCACAGACCGCCUUGGACACUCAGCGCUCAGAUUCCCCGUUGUAUACCGCCCCCGGAAGAAGUAGGACGCCUCAGCCAGGGUACCAAGGAGGUGCCAACGAUCUCCUGACUUUAGAGCCGGCGACAUCUUCGCCUUUCUCGCGGCCAGGUGCACAGUCAGAUCAGCAGCUUCUCAUGAUGGAAGAGGCUCAGCCCAACACGUCGUAUAUCCAAGCUCGAGGGGAAGCCAUUGAGGCUAUUGAACGUACGAUUAAUGAGCUUGGCGGAAUCUUCGGGCAGCUAGCCACCAUGGUUAGCGAACAGUCGGAGAUGAUCCAGCGGAUUGAUGCCAAUACGGAGGACAUUGUCGAUAACGUCCAGGGUGCGCAACGUGAAUUGAUAAAGUAUUGGUCCCGAGUGCAGGGCAACAGAUGGCUUAUUGCCAAGAUGUUCGGAGUACUAAUGAUUUUCUUUCUCCUCUGGGUUCUAAUAUCAGGCUAGUCCUGCGACUGACCCUUUGAACUGUACAUUUAAUCGGAUGUGUUUAAUUCCUUCUAUUUGGCGCUGAGUUCUAGCACUGGUUUGCUGGGACCUUCGACCUUCUCGCGAUAUUAUCUUCUCGCUUCGUCUUCUUUGCAUCAGCUUUGCUGAGAGAGUCGGAUUCUCUUUUCAUUCAUCAAUUCAACUUGCUUUUUUGGUCUUUCUGUCUGUUCUCAAUACCAUCGGAGGAAACGAGCACAUUACGGAUACCACACGUUGGAAUGUAUAGACGCAGUCCUUGAAACCGAACCAAUGCAUCAU